CGUUCUCAUUGGCUAACGCGCGCCGUCGGAAACAGCGGCCUCUAGCGGCCGAACUGUCAAUUUCACUCAAAAGCGCACCUCCUCCCAAUCAUCGCGGCAGUCCUGCUCCGGCGUUCAGAAAAUGCGCACUGAAACACCAGGAAACAUCUGCUCAGAAAGCAAACGGGGGAACAGGUGCGACGUCGCGCAUGCAUCUCUAACAUCCGACGACUUCUAGGAGCCUCCAGCAUCCCUCCACCCCUCCCGCAUUUACCGGAGAUACACACACACACACACCUGUUUAUCCUCACCUGCGAUAUGGAGAGCCGGAGCUCCUCGGAAUAACCAAAGCCUCGGGAAUGAUCGCUGCUUACUGAUCGACCGCUUUAGUUCUCCGCUUUAGAGAUGAUGCCCGAGCACCAGAACCAUGUUGUCACCACGAUCGAGACCAUUCCGUCGGAGACGGUCACCGCAUCCCCGUCGCUGUUUCAGAGGAUGAAGAAAGUGCUUAACAGGGAACUUCUCCUCACGCUGGCCCUCGGCCAGGUCUUAUCGCUGCUCAUCUGUGGGAUCGGCCUGACCAGCAAAUACCUGGCGGACGAUUACCACGCCAACACCCCGGUGUUCCAGAGCUUUCUCAACUACAUCCUGCUGUUUCUGGUCUACACCACCACGCUCGCAGUCAGGCAAGGAGAAGAGAAUCUGCUGGCGAUACUGAAAAGAAGAUGGUGGAAGUACAUGAUUCUGGGAUUGAUUGACAUAGAGGCUAAUUACCUGGUCAUCAAAGCCUACCAGUACACCACACUGACCAGCGUUCAGCUUCUGGACUGCUUCGUGAUCCCUGUGGUGCUGCUGCUGUCGUGGUUCUUCCUGUUAGUCAGGUAUAAAGUGCUGCACUUCGUGGGUGUAGGAGUGUGUCUCCUGGGCAUGGGCUGCAUGGUGGGCGCUGACGUCCUGGUGGGCAGACAGCAAGGCCUCGGGGACCAUAAGCUUUUAGGGGAUUUAUUGGUUCUUGCGGGAGCGACCCUGUACGGCAUCUCAAAUGUUUGUGAGGAGUUCAUCGUGAAGAACCUGAGCCGGGUCGAGUUCCUGGGAAUGAUGGGUCUCUUCGGCUCCUUCUUCAGUGGUAUCCAACUGGCCAUUAUGGAGCACAAGGAGCUUCUGAAGGUGCAGUGGGACUGGCAGAUCGGGCUGCUGUACAUUGGAUUCAGCGCGUGUAUGUUUGGCUUGUACAGCUUCAUGCCGGUGGUAAUCAAAAGAACCAGCGCCACAGCGGUGAACCUCUCCCUGCUGACAGCCGACCUGUACAGUCUCUUCUGUGGCCUGUUCCUGUUCCAGUACAAGUUUUCAGGCCUUUACCUGCUGUCCUUCUUCAUCAUCCUCCUGGGACUGGUCCUGUACUCCUCCUCCUCCACCUACGUGGCACAGGACCCUCGCGUUUAUAAACAGUUUCGCAACGCGGGGAACGCCAUCACGGACACGCCCACCGUGGGGCCCCUGGAGCCCUCGGUGACCUAUACGAGCCUGGGUCAGGAAAUAGAGGAGGAGCCUCGCGUGAGAGUCGCCUGAAGGGGGGGGGGCGUGGCCUCUCAGAACCAAUCAUCCACUGCCCGGCCCAGCAGUCUGUAGAAAAACGAAUGAUAACGAUCACCGAAUGAUGUAAUCAACCACGUAGCAAACGAGUACACUGUGAUCACGAACUGUCAAUAGGUAGCAGUGACUUCUGUAUAUCUGAGAUAUCAGAUCCAUCAUGUAUAGAGAUGAUUUCACCUCAUUGCCUCUUUCCCACCCCGCCCGCGGCAAAUUAAGUGUUUAGAAGGAUUCGUGCUGACUGUUUUGUCCAAAUGCUCAAUUGUGAAUGUUUUAUUUUCUUAUACGAGCACAAAGGGUUCACUGCAUUUGAAAGUUCGACAUGGUUUGUUCCACUGCAACUUUACAUUUUCAACGACAUCUGUACUGAGUUUUACGAUGCUGAUUUGAGCCAGUGCCUUGCCAUGUAAUAUUAUUGUGGGUUACGUUAGCCAAUGAGAAACCGCGACUUAAAAACAGUGUCAUCUUGUACUGGACAUCAGGUCACGAUUGUAUAUCGUAUUACCUGCUCAUAAUUAUAAAUAUUGCCAUCCAUCAGUCAUAAAUAUGGAAAGGGUACAAAAAAAGCAUUAAAAAAAAGUUAUACCAUAUUCAUUUUUUUUCCCAAUAUUUGUCAUAUUUUGUGUUGAUUCUGCCAAGAAAAAGGGUACAUGCGUUUGUAUUGAAUAUAAAAGUCUGUGUAAUAGCAAUUGAUUGUAAACUUGUAAACUAUUUUACUGCACUUGUUUCUGUUUUAUAAGCAGUUCAGUCUUGAUUAUCAUCUUAUUCGGAUAAAAUCCAGUACGAUACA